GCGUUCCCAUCCCACAUGGCGUUGCUCCUGAAGAGGCUGCUGUGGCCCGUGAGGCCCCUCGCGCCCUUGGGCCGCCCCGUGGGACGACGCGCGGCCAGCGUGGGCGCCGAUGCCGGGGCCGCGGUGCGAGUGCGGUUCGCCCCCAGCCCCACAGGCUUCUUGCACCUGGGUGGCCUCCGCACUGCCUUGUACAACUAUAUCUUUGCCAAGAAGCACCAGGGGAGCUUCAUCCUCAGGCUGGAGGACACAGAUCAGACCCGCCUUGUGCCUGGGGCAGCAGAGAAUAUCGAGGCCAUGCUGGAGUGGGCAGGCAUCCCGCCUGACGAGAGUCCCCGCCGGGGAGGUCCUGUGGGCCCCUACCAGCAAUCCCAGCGACUUGAGCUAUACGCCCAGGCCACAAAAGCACUGCUGGAGUCCGGCGCUGCCUACCCCUGCUUCUGCUCACCACAGCGGCUAGAGCUCUUGAAGAAGGAGGCGCUGAGGAACCGCCAGACACCACGGUAUGACAAUCGGUGCCGGAACCUGACACAGAAGCAGGUGGCCCAGAAGCUAGCCAAAGACCCCAAACCUGCUAUCCGCUUCCGCCUAGAGGGGGAAGCCCCAGCCUUCCAGGACCUGGUGUACGGCUGGAAUCGGCAUGAAGUAGCCAGUGUGGAGGGGGACCCGGUCAUCCUGAAGAGCGAUGGCUUCCCCACGUACCACCUGGCCUGUGUGGUGGACGACCAUCACAUGGGCAUCAGCCAUGUGCUGCGGGGCUCUGAGUGGCUGGUCUCCACCUCCAAGCACCUGCUUCUCUACCAGGCCCUGGGCUGGCAGCCACCUCGCUUUGCCCACCUGCCUCUGCUCCUCAACAAGGAUGGCAGCAAGCUGUCCAAGAGGCAAGGGGACAUUUUCCUGGAGCAAUUUGCUGCUGCUGACUUCCUGCCGGAUGCCUUGCUUGAUAUCAUCACCAACUGUGGCUCUGGGUUUGCAGAGAACCAGAUGGGCAGGACAUUGCCAGAAUUGAUAACACAGUUUGACCUGACCAGGAUCACCUGCCACUCAGCCCUGUUGGACCUGGACAAGCUCCCAGAAUUCAACAGGCUGCACCUCUGUCGGCUGGUGAGCAACGAGACCCAGAGGCGCCAGCUGGUGGGGAAGCUGCAGGCCCUGGUGGAGGAGACAUUUGGGAGCCAACUACAAGACAGAGAUGUCCUGGACCCAGCCUACGUGGAGAGGAUCAUCCUGCUGAGACAGGGUCACAUUUGCCGCCUGCAGGAUUUGGUGUCCCCAGCACACUCCUAUCUGUGGACUCGCCCUGCUGUGGGCCGAGUGCAGCUGGGUACCAUCUCAGAGAAGGUGGACGCAAUUGCCAAGCGUGUGCUGGGGAUCUUAGAAGCACCCAGUAUAAGCCUAACUCAGGACAUGCUGAAUCGUGAACUGAAGAAGGUAUCAGAAGGCCUGGAAGGGACCAGACACAGUACUGUGAUGCAGUUCCUCCGAGUGGCCCUCAGCGGACAGUUGCAAGGACCCCCCGUGGCCGAGAUGAUGGUGUCCUUGGGAGUGAAGGAAGUGCGAGAACGAAUACAGAAGGUGCUUUCCAGCUAGAGAGAAGACGUGCAGGAUGGUGGAAGUGGCCCUGGGAACCUGGACAUGCCUAGAAACUGCCUUCAGAGAGAAGCAGAGGGGCCCCAAGAAGCUCAUGGAAGGAAUCCCGAGUGCAUUCUCUGGGUGCACACAGUGCAUUUACAGCUUCUUACCUCAUGUCUGGUUCUAGCGGCACAGGUUAGGGGCUGGUUCAUAGAACUGUCUAGAGGACUUGUGUGUCACAUUGAUCUCAGGCUGCCAGACAGGAGGCUUCAACAACAGAAAACUGUUUUCUCACAAUUCUGGAGUCUGAAAGUCCAAGAUCAAGGUGUUGGCAGAUGUGGCUUCCCAGAGGCCUCUGUCCUUGCCUUGCCCGUGGCCACCUUCUCUCUCUGUCUUCGCAUGGUCUUUCCUUGGUGUGUGCCCUUGGCCUCUGCCUGGGUGUUCACAUUUCCUCUUUUCAGGUCAUGGGUCAGAUUGGAGGAAGGCCCACCCUAAAGGCCCAGUUGUAACUUAAUCACCCAUUUAGGGGUCCUGUCUCCACAUACAGUCGCCUUCUGAGGUCCUGGGGUUAAGGCUUCAGCAUAGGAGUGUUAAGGAAGCAGGUCAGCCCCUAACAGCUUGGCAGCUUCCUGGACACGUGGGUCUCGGUUCUCGGGCCCCAUUGGAUGUGAAACAGUGAAGGAUGGCUGGUGCAUGGCUUGUAAAGGAGAAGUGACCAUCUGCCGAGGGUGAGCACUGCGUUUUAUACUGCUCUUUGUCCUUGCACUUGGGGCAUCCUGUGUCUGCUUCUCUAAAGGUCUUCUCUUUCUCUUUUCCAGUUCUCCAGGCCUGGUCCUUGGACUGAUACCUUCGCCCUGCCUGUUUUACACCUCUUUCUUCAUAUCCAUCUCCUCUCUCUGCCCAUUCUUGUAAGUCAUUGUCUGCAGGUUUCUGAAAUAAGAUGGUUUAUUUAUUUAUUUAAGUAAUCUCUGAAAAAAAAAAAGUAAUCUCUGCACCCAAAAUGGUGUUCGAAUUCACAACCCCAAGAUCAAGAGUCAAAUGCUCUUCUGACUGAGCCAGACAGAUGCCCCUGAAAAAGAUGUUCUUAUUGGGGUGAAUAGGAAUGUCCACAGUGGAAAGAAAACGGUGACUGGCUAUAAAGACCAUUCUGGAAAAAUAAAUAAAAGUUUUGAAAAAGACCCUACUGAGGUUUCUAGGCUUUCCCCAUGUGGCAGCCAGCCUCACAAAUGCCCCAGUCAUUCCUAUGCCCUCAUAGUCACACUGAGUAGGGCUGACUUGUGAUACCUCAUGGUUUCCAUUUUGUUCUCUUGGAUGACUUACUCUGUGGAAGCCAGCUUCCACAUCCUGAAGACACUCAAGCAGCCCUCUGGAGAGGUUCAUGGGUCAGGAACCUGAAGCCUCCUGGCCACACCCAUGUGAGCAAGCCAUCUUGGAAGCGGAUCUUUGAGUCUAUCAGGUGUUCAGACCACUCCAUCCUUUAUGAAAAAGAUCCUGAGCCAGAACCAUUCAGCAAGACUGCUCCUGAAUUUCAGACACACACAAAUUGAAAUAAUGGUUGUGUUCUAAAGCCACUUGGGGGCAGCCCUGGUGGUGCAGCGGUUUAGUGCCGCCUGCAGCCUGGGGUGUGAUCCUGGAGACCCAGGAUUGAGUCCCGCAUCGGGCUUCCUGCAUGGAGCCUGCUUCUCCCUCUGCCUGUGUCUCUGCCUCUCUCUUGCUCUCUCUGACUGAAUAAAUAAAUAAAUCUUAAA